CGACAGCGUGCUGGGUGAGGUUGAACGAGGAGGAGGUCUGUUGUUGCCACCCAUUGGGCAAGUCUUUUCAUGUCGUGUGACGAUACAGGCAAGGCUUCGUUCCACCCAAGAAACAGUUGAGCUCGGGGAAAAGAGUCAACAGGUCAAUUCCGGAAAUAAGUUUCGAUAAUUUUGGAUGACACGAGGUGAUGCUGGGGGUGGCCGGAAUGACGGGCAGCAUCGCCAAUGCCCUGGCUAGUGCAGCCUGUGAACGAUGUAAGAGUGGCUUUGCUCCCACUGAGAAGAUUGUCAACAGCAAUGGAGAGUUGUACCACGAACAGUGUUUCGUGUGUGCCCAGUGUUUCCAGCAGUUUCCAGCGGGACUCUUUUAUGAGUUUGAAGGCAGAAAAUACUGUGAACAUGACUUUCAAAUGCUCUUUGCUCCUUGCUGCCGCCAAUGUGGUGAGUUCAUCAUUGGUCGUGUUAUUAAGGCCAUGAAUAACAGUUGGCACCCUGACUGCUUCUGCUGUGACAUCUGCCAGGCUGUGCUGGCUGAUGUGGGCUUUGUAAAAAAUGCUGGAAGGCACCUGUGCCGCCCAUGCCAUAAUCGGGAGAAGGCUCGUGGCCUGGGCAAGUACAUCUGCCAGAAGUGCCAUGCCAUCAUUGAAGAGCAACCGCUGAUGUUUAAGAAUGAUCCUUACCACCCAGACCACUUCAACUGCAACAAUUGUGGGAAGGAGCUGACAGCUGACGCCAGGGAACUGAAAGGCGAACUUUUUUGUUUGCCUUGUCAUGACAAGAUGGGCGUGCCUAUCUGUGGCGCAUGCAGGAGACCCAUCGAGGGGCGUGUUGUCAAUGCCAUGGGCAAGCAGUGGCAUGUUGAGCAUUUUGUGUGUGCCAAGUGUGAGAAGCCAUUCCUUGGUCAUCGCCAUUAUGAGAGGAAGGGGUUGGCUUACUGUGAAACGCAUUAUAACCAGCUGUUCGGCGAUGUGUGUUACCACUGCAACCGUGUGAUUGAGGGUGAUGUGGUGUCUGCUCUCAACAAGGCCUGGUGUGUCAGCUGUUUCUCCUGCUCCACCUGCAAUACAAAGCUCACCCUCAAGGAGGACAAGUUUCACUUGCGUGACACUGACUUGGAAUCGAUUCAACUUACUCGGUGGCCUAAUUGGCCUCAAGACCUCUUGUUGGCGUGAUCUAUUCAUCAGACUGUGUAUCGUCAAAGGCAGAAGGCGGAGAGCGAGAGAUGGCCACAUCAAUCAAGAGGAAGCACUGGCAAAUCCGGGAAUGAUGUUUGAAGCUUUGCCAUUCUCCCAGCAGAGGAGAGAUGGUGAGGUGUUCACCUUGAGGUCCAGGGGUCUGGAUCCUUGCAAAACGUUGAUUCACAUAUGGUGAUUUUGUUCUAUAGUUACCAUGAGGUUGAGGGUGGCAAAAAAAAUGGGUAUUCUGAAUGCUAUGACCCCAAGGAUCUAUAGACAUUGCUUUAAAAAUCCCACUCAAGAUAGCAAGAUAAAAGAUCCUUCACACUCUCAAAAUCCACUUUUUUGUUUGAUACCUAUGAUGCAAAUCUUACAGGAAGGGGGCAGAGGUGUCAGAGAUGGAAUGCAUGCUGAUAUUGUAUCUAUCAGCACAAACAUCUUAGCCAUGAUUAUUUUUUAUCAAGCAUCUUCCUAUAUUCACAUUCAGAUCCAGAUAACAUCAUCCUAUUGUUAUCUGUUUCUUUGUGUGUGUGUGUGUGUGUAUUUAUUUUGAACGUAUAAAAUGAAAUAACAAUUAUUAUAAGUACACUUAUAAAAAAAAGGGAAACAAACAAUAUACAAACUAAAUAAUCACCUAUGCAAACAACAAAGACAAAUUAAAAAAAAAUUUCAACAGUAUUUAACCCAAUUACAAAUGAUCGUUAACGCGCUUUCUCGUACAUGUUCGAAAGGGAGUAGGAAGAUGUAAAACUUAUCUAUUUCUACCCCUUAGUCUCCAUUUCAUUUUCAGUAUUGCAACCUUAUUUCAUUAUUUUCAUAUAGUACUGCCAUAACACAUAUAUACGACAUGCAAUACACUUUAUUUUUACUAACCACAUUUAUAAUUACCACAUAUAUCAUUAUACCUAGUAUACUAUUAGACUGCAUGGUAUACAAGCAGGUAUGCAAGUAACUUAUAUACUUAUAUCAAUAAUAAUAUAAUUUCAGUAUUACUAUAAUAAUACCAUAGCCCUUCUCUGUACUUCUCCCAAAUCUUUAUUUUAUAUUUAUUUUGGAACUAGUACAAGUUUGUACAUUGUUGUAGUUCCGUAUUUAGUGUGUUCCAAAAUAUAUACCCCCCAUACUGAUACACAAAAGCUGUUCAUUGUUGUCCGUGAGUACAUUGUUUUAAACUUAACCUUUUUCAUUAGAUUAUAGCCCCCUCCUCUCUCACAAAACAUGUUUUGGAUAUUACCCAGCCGCAGAUUAUGUCUGGCUUUAUAGAUUAGUUGUGCAGCAUUUAAAUUCCAUGAGGUCAAAGUUUUUUAAACUUUUAAAGUGUAAAAACCAGAGGUGGGUAGUAACGCACUACAUUUCCUCCAUUAUAUUUACUAAAGUAACAUUUUCAAUAAACAGUUCUUGCCAGAGUACUUUAAAUGCACCAUACGUUUUACUUUUUCUUGAGUAUUUAUGUGACGGAUCAAAACUUUUACUCCGUUACAAUGAUCGACAUGCCGUUCGCUACUUUUAUUUAUCCAUUCUUGCGUGUGUGUGUCUAGUUUUAGACUAUCUUCGAAUUCCGCAUAGGGCGCCUGUUGCGCCAAUCUAACAUGAUCACGAAUGCCAUUUGACUUCAAUUCACCAAUCAGACGACACAAAGCAGUCACAUGACUGGGCACGUUGCCUUCGUGAGCCAAUCAAAAUUACUCAUUUUGGGGGGAAACAGCCACGUGUAUGUGUUUACGUAACAGACUCCAAAAAACAACAGCUUUUUCAUGUAGCUCUUCAAUUGUGACUGCCCAAACUUGGACAUUUCAGCCCACUUCUAACUUGAGAAAACACCUUGCGGUAAGUUGCAGAUGUUUCUAUUGUUGUUUUGGCAGUGGAUAUGGCAACAUUAGCCUUAUCCUAUGGUGUCGCACACACACAAUCACUAAGUCUGGUCAGCAAACAGCUUCUUCAUGAAGUCAUUGACGUGAAUAACAUUGACACAAUGAACAUUGUCCCAGAUUAUCGCACAACUCGCUUGAAGUCUCGGCGCCCUUUGCACAAUGGUCAUUGCACCGGACUAUUGCAAUAUUAGUCAUUCGAACUGCUCUUAAGUUUUAGAGGACUCUGCAUCUUUUUGCACAAUCGUCAAAAAAACGGCAUUGCCAGAUAACUAGCAACCCUUUAUUGCUCAGUGACUGUUUUUUGUCAAUGUCUUUAUGUCUCAAGAGUGUUCUCUCUCAAUUGACUGUCUGUUGUCAUACUAGAGUGGCUCCAAUUACCGGAGACAAAUUCCUUGUGUGUUUUUUGGACAUACUUUGCAAAUAAAGAUGAUUCUGAUUCUGAUAAAGCAAUAAUGUUUUUGUAGGGCCCAAUGCAUGUGUUGUUUGUUUUUGGGCAGUUAAAACUUUAAAUGGUGGCAGGUGUGUGUCGACUCACAUAUAUUAAUAUUUGUUUUUAAUUUUAUUUGAUGUUCAUGAUUUGAUUUAAAAUAGAUAAAUAAAUAAAAAGU